GUGGUAACGAACGCCGGCUUCGGCUCCGGUAACGGCGUGUUUCUGAUGGACGACCUCAAUUGUCGCGGAGACGAGGAGCGACUUAACGACUGUGACUUCGCCGGAUGGGGCCGAUCAGACUGUACAGAGGCCGAGGUGGCAGGCGUCAAGUGCCGAGUCGAGGGCGAACCGUGCACCAGCAAACAGUGGCGCUGUCGCUCCGGCAAGUGUAUCGACCUCACCUACGUGUGUGACAAGGUGGACGACUGCGGCGACUUCUCCGACGAGGAGGACGCUCUCUGUAAGCUGCCCCUGAAGGCUCGUCUGGUCGGAGGCACCAACAGCUCCGGGAGGGUUGAACUCCGCUACAAGGGUAUCUGGGGCACCGCCUGUGACGACGACUUCGACUCUGAGGACGCUCAGGUGGUGUGCCGUAUGCUGGGUUUUGAAGGCUCGGCCGUUGUUCACGAUAACGCCAAAUACGGUCCCGGAUCCGGUCAGAUCUGGAUCGAUCAGCUCAACUGCCGCGGAAACGAGAAGAGCGUCGACGAAUGUCACCACCUGCCGUGGGGCUCCAACAACUGUGCGCAUGAGGAGGAUGUCGGGGUCAGCUGUCACGCUAGUGUCGAGCCGGAUCAGACGGCGGUGCCGUCGGCCUCGCCGCCGCUGCGCGCUAUGCUUCCGGAGCAGUGCGGCAGGCGGGUGGUGCCCGACACACCAAUCAUACCGCUCGACCAGAACCCCAAGAUCGUGUCGGGAAAGGUCACAGAGCCCGGCUCACACCCCUGGAUGGUGGGAGUUCGUAUAAAGGCCGGCGCCGAGACGGCCCACUGGUGUGGGGCCGUCAUAGUCUCCGAGUGGCACAUCAUCUCAGCCGCCCACUGCCUGCUGGACUAUCCCCAGCAGGUCUACGUGCUGAGGGUGGGAGACUACGAUAACCAGGUGGUUGAUCCUGAGGAGCAGGAGUUCACCAUUGACAGGAUGUACCCCCACGAGGAGUUCAACAAGGGCACCUACCUCAACCACGACAUAAUCGUCAUCAGGGUCAAGCCGGUGCAGGGAGCCGGUAUUCGGUUCGGUCGCCAGGUGCAGCCCGUCUGCCUGGCUCCGCCUGAGAUGGAGUACCAGCCGGGCAGAAAAUGUACCAUAGCCGGCUGGGGCAGCACUGGCAGACGGGCAGCGUACGCCCGGCGUCUGCGCUCCGUGGUACUGCCCCUGCUGCCCAUCAGUACCUGUACGGCCCGGCACGUGUACGGAGACAGCAAAAUCACGGACGGCAUGUACUGCGCCGGGUACCUGGAGGGAGGCAUUGAUACCUGUCAGGGAGACAGCGGAGGGCCCAUGGUCUGCGACGAAAACGGUGUCGGUGUGUUGUACGGCGUCACCAGCUGGGGCCAGGGCUGUGCGCGGCCCAACAAACCAGGCGUCUACACUAAAAUCACCUCCUACCUGCCCUGGAUCGCGCGUACCAUCGAGCACGACCUGCAGACCAACUGAAUGGAACGAGGACGGGGUGGUCGGUUCAGUUUGGAAUUGGGUCCUUGUGACGGCCACGGAUGGAGUUCAUUGUGUGUGGAACGCCGAGGUAUUCGAGCGACGUGUAUGAGGCGUGAGUCAGCGGCGGGGCGUUUAACGUGUACCCUCGUCCGUGUUCGUGUGUCAGGGCGAUGCAGUGACAUUUUGGCUGCGUUCAUGUGACUUUUGAAGGGUGAUGAUGGUAUUAAGAUUCGGUAUAAUGGUGUUACAUUUUACGAUAUUUAUGUGAGGAGCAUUUCGCAAAUACUUACCUACCGUUUUCCGCUCUUUAGCUCCAUGGGAUUGAGAAUUCGGUCUUAGCAUGGUUUUAGAGUUACGGAAGAAGGCAUAAGUGCUCUCAGCCCUUAUUACUGUGUUUCCAAGUGAUGUUUGGAAAUGACAAGUUUCUAGGCACGCGGAUGUAUUCGAGCUGUUUCCUCGUCUGGUGCACUGUUCAGUAUAGUGUGAUCAGUGUGCAUUUUAAAAGUGUAAUUGAAGUCCUGUAUUCUUGUGUUACGCUGCGGUCUGUCAGUUCUGGUCUGGCGCCAGCGUCUUGUAGUUUAUUUUGUUUCCGUGCAUACAAAACACAUCUAGAGACUACUUGCAGAGGUUUCGAUAAAUGACCCUAGAAGCCACGUUUAAAAUGUUAUGCUUAAAUAGUUUUUAAGUGUAGUGUCCUUUGUUUUUAAUUUGUGGUCUAGUCGUUUUACUAUCGUAAGACUAGAAGACUAGGAGCUACACAGUAGCAGAUGCUAUAGCACUGAAUGGAUUGUAUGUGCCGGGGUGCUGUAAGUUAUAAGAUAGCGUGAGGUGCAAAUGAGGGUGAAUUUCACCGAGUAAACUUACAAUGUGAAUAUGUCACAAUGUUCCCGAUUUGUUCGUCCUAAGUCGCACUCAUUCGUAAUGAUAAUUCGUUCUAGCCGCGCUGUCUUGUGGCAAAAUGUGUCUACGCUGAGAAAAUUCGAAUAUACUGACUCAUGCGGUGAAACGUCACCAGAA